AUGCGCGGUUGCCACGUGCUCACACAAGUGGCACUGCUCUCUAGGCUCGGGCUGGGGCUGGUGGAUGAUCUCCUCCUGCUGCAGAAGGAGGUUCGCUUCAGCCUCACGCCCGAAUCGACCUGGGGCUGCGAGGAGCGCUGUGUUCCGGCGGUGUGGGUCGUGAGCGCGGGGCGGAGUGGUAGCACCACGGUCCUGGAGAUGCUGAACCAAAUCCCCGGCUACGACAUCAUGGGAGAGAACCAGAACAUGUGGGCUCCUCUUUUGCGCCUCUUCCAGAAGCGGCAGAUCGCUUCGAAGAACUACCGUCAAAACGCAGAGGACAUGACCUACAGGCACAGCCUGCAGCGGAACAUGUCGGAGCUGCUGUGCGCGUAUCAGCUCCGUGUCUUGGGGGAGCUGAACCCCAGCAACGCCCGGGCCAUUGGCUUCAAGGAGAUCCGCUGGGAUUUCGAGGGGGACCUCAGAGACCUCGAGCUGCUCAUGGAGGUCUUCCCCUGCUCUGUGGCGCUGCUGAGCUACCGCCGGGACCUCGAGGCUGAGUGGGAGUCCAGGCUCAGCUCCAUCGGGGAGUUUCCGGAGGAGAACCUCCGGAUCGCCACUGCGGCCAUGCUGCGGUUCCACGCGCGGCAGCCGGCCAAGCGCAGCUUCCUGAUGCCGCUGGAGGAGUUCUCCGUGGAUUUGUUCAACCAGAUGCUUCACUUCCUUGGUGAGAACUGCACCUUCAACGAGGUGCUCCAUGAUAACUCCGGCUCCGGCGGCUCGACCUUUGGCGCUUUUUCAUGUGGAUAG